UGGAACUAGACUCCAUCACCUGCACAAUCUAAUAUGGUCCAGCUCAUUGAGGGGUUUCCGCCAGAGUUGGGUGCAAAACGGUUCUGGGCAUGUAGUGUGAUGCCCCCGCCGGGUUUUACUUGGUUGCCCAGAGUUGGUGUUCUAGCCGGAAUCCACUGAUGCUCUCGCUGGUGUUGUAAUGUACACCCUGAAAGAAAGUUGCUUGGCACAGUGUAGCUGGAGCCAGCGCCAGCAGUUUCUAACCGGCCAACCUUCCUGUCUGCCCCCCACCCCAGGCCCUUCACAGCGAGUGGCUUCUGACGUUAGCAGGGUGAGAGCCCAAAGGAUCCCUGGAGAAAGGGGCCAACAUCUCAAACGCUCUUCUGUUCUCCUGCCUCAUCAAGGAGCCUUUCUUUUGCCAGAGAACGUCAUGGCACAACAGGUGGCACUGAGCCGGACCCAAGUGUGCGGGAUCCUGCGGGAAGAGCUGUACCAGGGUGAUGCGUUCCACCAGGCAGACACACACAUAUUCAUCAUCAUGGGCGCGUCGGGUGACCUGGCCAAGAAGAAGAUCUACCCCACCAUCUGGUGGCUGUUCCGGGAUGGCCUCCUGCCAGAACACACCUUCAUUGUGGGCUAUGCCCGCUGCCGCCUCACAGGCCACCCCAGAGGAAAAGCCCAAACUGGAAGAGUUCUUUGCUCGCAACUCGUAUGUGGCUGGCCAGUAUGAUGACGUGGCCUCCUACGAGCGUCUCAACAGCCACAUGGAUGCCCUUCAUCAGGGGCCCCAGGCAAACUGCCUCUUCUACCUGGCCUUGCCCCCCACCGUCUAUGAGGCCGUCACCAAGAACAUCCAUCAGGCCUGCAUGAGUCAGACAGGCUGGAACCGCAUCAUCGUGGAGAAGCCCUUUGGCAGGGACCUGCAGAGCUCUGACCGGCUGUCCAACCACAUCUCUGCCCUGUUUCGCGAGGACCAGAUCUACCGCAUCGACCACUAUCUGGGCAAGGAGAUGGUCCAGAACCUCAUGGUGCUGAGGUUUGCCAACAGGAUCUUUGGCCCUAUCUGGAACCGGGACAACAUAGCCUGUGUGAUCCUCACCUUCAAGGAGCCCUUUGGCACUGAGGGCCGUGGGGGCUACUUUGAUGAAUUCGGGAUCAUCCGGGAUGUGAUGCAGAACCACUUACUGCAGAUGCUGUGUCUAGUGGCCAUGGAGAAGCCUGAGUCCACUGACUCUGACGACGUCCGCGAUGAGAAGGUCAAGGUGUUGAAAUGCAUCUCAGAGGUGCAAGCCAACAACGUGGUCCUGGGCCAGUACGUGGGGAACCCCAGCGGAGAGGGCGAGGCCACCAAAGGGUACCUGGACGACCCCACAGUGCCCCGUGGGUCCACCACUGCCACCUUUGCGGCUGUGGUGCUCUAUGUGGAGAACGAGAGGUGGGAUGGGGUGCCCUUCAUCCUGCGCUGCGGCAAAGCCCUAAAUGAGCGCAAAGCUGAGGUGCGGCUGCAGUUCCGGGACGUGGCUGGUGACAUCUUCCACCAGCAGUGCAAGCGCAACGAGCUGGUGAUCCGCGUGCAGCCCAACGAGGCCGUGUACACCAAGAUGAUGACCAAGAAGCCUGGCAUGUUCUUCAACCCUGAGGAGUCAGAGCUUGACCUGACCUAUGGCAACAGAUACAAGAACGUGAAGCUCCCUGACGCCUAUGAGCGCCUCAUCCUGGAUGUCUUCUGUGGGAGCCAGAUGCACUUCGUGCGCAGUGACGAGCUUCGGGAGGCCUGGAGGAUCUUCACUCCUCUGCUGCACCAGAUCGAGCGGGAGAAGCCCCAGCCCAUCCCCUACAUCUAUGGCAGCCGGGGCCCCACGGAGGCAGACGAGUUGAUGAAGAGAGUAGGCUUCCAGUACGAGGGCACCUACAAGUGGGUGAACCCCCACAAGCUCUGAGCGUUGGUGCCAACAGGCAACCCCACCUCCUCAAUUGCUUUGUCUGCCUGUCCUACUCCCCCUUCCCACCACCCGACCCUAUGUCGGGAGGACUUCGGGACCACAGUCCUCAGCUUACAUUCCUGGCCCCACGCUGGGGCCCUCCCCAUUCCCCCAGCCACCACCGCUGCUGUCCCCAAGCCAAGCUACAUUCCUCAAGCACCAAGCGCUGGGCCAUUGCAGGCCCUGCUGAAGCAGGCCAUCUGUCUGUCCCUGGGGCCUGAGCCACCCUCCUCCCACACUCCAGCCCCAGCAGAAGGAGAGAGAGGAGCAGUCAUGAGUGAUGGCCUAGGGUGGUGUCGGGGACGCUGCAGAGGGGCUGUGGGCCUCAAGCACACGAGGCAAUCAAGUCCCUGUGAGAGAACCUGUCCACACCACAUCCCCUGGUGCCCCUUGACAUUCCUGGUCACCAGCUGGAAGGGACUUUGUGCUGCCCACUGUGCACUCCGCGGGCCCCCCACAGGCCCCUAUUCUGCCCGCCAUUAAAUCCACAAACAGCC